GAGCGAAUGAAGAAUGCAGCGGUAAGCCAGUAAGAGCCAACAUGCCGUUCCCGCCGCAAGCAAUUGUCGUCGUUAUUUUCGUCUAUCCAAUACCGGUUUAAAGAAGUAUCGGUUGCCUGUCUCGCCUUCUCGCAUACAGUUCACAUUUGUUCGUGAAAGGAACGCAAAUUAUCGUACAAAUCCUGUGUUUACAUUAAAAUAAUCGUGCCACACAAAAUUGUUUUUGAUAGGCGUUCGCCGUUUUAUUUAUCGCUAUCUUUGUCUAUCAUUUUUCCUUUCAUCUCUGUCAUUUUCCAUAUCCCCCUCUUUUUGUUCAUCCCUUCGUCAUCGUCGGUCGCGAAAGGCAGACAUACGAAGCGCACGGAUUUAUAUUCGUGUAGCGCAAGAGAAUUUAGCUGCUUCGUAAAUAUGGCGUGUGAACCGUGGUGCUUUAACCGUGGCUGUGACGAAGCUCCUCAACGAUGGCUGUACAUCCUGUUGCUGACUUUCUACGUACUCGGGCAUCUUGGUUCAAGUUUUGCAGACAACUUAAAACAAUAUCAUUAUGAAUUGGAACAUAUCGGACAAUCGUCGCAUGAAGAUGGGCCUGUCGAAUUCUCACUUGUAUUCAAUAAUAACGAUGUAAUUGAUCAUGAAGAGGCAUUGGAAAGAUAUCGCCGAGCAACUAACGAGAAAAUUCCUACCGAGUCAACACCGCAUGAGCAGCAACGGCAGCAACAAGUUGCACUGCAGCAGCCAUCUUCACAGUCUCAAUUGCAGCAACAACAAUCUCAAACAAUUGUGAAUGCUUCAAAUAUGCCAAUCAAUGUUUCCUAUUUGACGGAUUAUACGACAGAAUCAUCAGUUGCUACGCCAUCUUUAUCUUUGACUACAGUUUCGACUGGCGAAAAAGAAGUUGUAAUGACUUCCGCAGUACCAGUGAGCAAUCAAGAAACUUCGACACCUAUAUACUUUCGAAAGAAUUCUUCGACCAAAGAAUCGGUUCCAUUUGUAGAUUUUCAAGGUAAGUCUAAUUCUACGAAUGACACGAUCGAAAGUAAAAAACAGAAAGAUACGGAAACUGUGGUAGAAUCAACGAACAAUAAAGAUGAUUCUGAUGGUAAUAUUGGAGAGGUAUCGAUCGACAAGUUUUCAGACUUUACCAACAAGACUUUAUCCCAACAUAAUAUCACAAAAACUGAAUAUGACACGCAUCAAUAUUACAAUAGCACAUUUAUCGUCGAUGAAGCUGUGGGGAAAAAAUACUGGGUGGAUAUAAACAAUCAUCCAGAUUUGAAGGUCAAUUAUUUACUCAGUCAGAGUCAUCGCCGGGCUGCGACCGUUAAAUUGAAAUUCGAUUUUCCUUUCUACGGUCACAAAGUUCGUAACAUCACCAUUGCCACUGGAGGAUUUUUAUACACUGGUGAAUACGUUCAUAGUUGGUUAGCUGCCACGCAAUAUAUUGCACCGUUGAUGGCGAAUUUCGAUACUCGGUUAUCGAAUGAUAGCUUCGUGAAAUAUGUCGACAAUGGGACAGCAUUUACAGUCGUAUGGGAAAAAGUUGUAUUGCAAGACAAACCUAAUGCAGGAGCAUUCACCUUUCAAGUGACCUUACAUCAAAAUGGUGACAUUGUGUUCGUAUAUUCUGUGAUACCAUUGAUGGUUGAACAAAUUGAAGAUACGGCCCAUCCUGUUAAAGUCGGUCUUAGCGAUGCUUAUAUCAUGGAUAGAAUAGUGUUCUUUGUGCGCAGGAAAACAAUUUAUGAAUAUCAUCGCGUAAACUUUAAUCGACAAGAUAUUAAGAAUUGGACAGUAAUUUAUCUAAAUGCAUUACCUACCUGUUUAGAAAUGGAUAAUUGUAGAGAUUGCUUGACAAAGUUGAAAGGUUUCGAAUGUAAAUGGUGUUCAGAACUGAAUCAGUGUAGUACCGGAACUUUCAGGUCGCGACAAGAUUGGCUUCUGAAUGGAUGCGAUGUUCGUAUGAUAAAAGAAGUUGACAAUUGUCCAUUACCAACUACAACAUGCAAGGAACACAUCGACGAAUAUAAUCAUGCCUUGCGCAUGCAUUCAGAAGAAACUGUUACUGUUAGUGAAAUGAAUGUAAAACAGGAAAAACCUGGAACGAGUCCUCUAGAGCGUUCUCAAGACAAUAUGAAUAUGGGAGUAUCAGGAAUUAUUGGAAUUCUUCUUGUAAUUAGUUUAAUUGUAGGUUUAGCUGCGUGGGCCGCAUAUGCUUAUCGUAAUCCUCAUAGUACAUCUGGACAAAUGUUAAUUAGGUAUCGACCAAGUCAAUGGAGCUGGCGGAGAGGAGAAGCUCGUUAUACGGCAGCAACGAUUCACAUGUAAAAACCAUGUAAUCGAAAUGCAGUCAACAAUUAGCAUUUAUAGCACUGUCGGACCAAACUUCCUAUUAAAUAUACUCUAUAUCAAGUCUGCAAGUUCAUCUAUGGAAUCGUUUUUCUGUAACGAUGCAUGUAUCGCUUUAUUAAUUGCCAUAUAUUGAUACAUAAGAUC